UCUGUUUCUAAGGACAGACGGCAUGAGCUUACAAACUGCUGCCACAAUAACAAUCUAUUGGGAUACAAAUUUUCCUUCAGGUGAUUGUCACAUCAACAUUUUUUUUUUUGCUGCUCAAUCAUACGUAGUGACAUCUAUGCAACAUUCUCUAUAAGCCAAAGAGCAGAAGACCAGGAUAAACAUAUCCAUUUGUGGUUCAGGAUGCCGAGCAGAAAUGUUGCACUGUGCCUUGGGUAAACCUGCUCUGAUGAAGACAGGAUGAAUAGCCGAGGCUGAUACUUAAAUCGCUUUGUAAGCAUUGCGCUCAUGUACCGUGUAGGACAAAAGUAUGUAAGUGCUAAAAUAGGUUGGUUAUGUCAGUUCACAAUCUUGCACGAAUAUACUAAUUCAAUUAAUCCUUCAAAUAAUUAGCAGCUUGGCUACCUUUGAAAAGAUGAUCCAUAAGGGAUGGAGGUGCAAAACCUUUUGUGAAGUCUUAAGAGAUGGGAAAAGGAUUACAAGAACACAGAAAACAGAGGGACAGCCACAGUGUUAUUAAACAGAAGGAUGUAGGAAGACGAGAUCCAAAAAACAACAUGUUAAAUGAUACAGUUCUCAACGAAAGGAAAUGCAAUCAAGCAAGAAACUCAAUGAGACUUCCCAUGGAUUCCAAAGCUCAAAUACUUCAGUUUGUAAUCUGCAUUCAGAAUCACUGACUUGAGAUAUUUUACUCCAAUUAUACAUAAUUUGUUCCUGAUUGAAAGUCUACAUGCCUCAUUUUCGUACUCUCACUAUGGAUAUAUACAGCACAAGGCCGCCAUUACUAGUUUGCAACAUGUCAACUCUAGGAUGGAAUGGCUCCAAUGUGUGCAAUGGAAGUAGCUUUGGGGAAGCAAUUUUAGACAUUAACCAACAUUACAUUAUAGGCCUGGUGUUAUCGUGCCUCUAUACUAUACUGCUUUUCCCAAUUGGAUUUCUCGGAAACAUAAUGAUCUUGGUUGUUAAUAUAAGCUUCCGAGAAAAGAUGACCAUUCCAGAUUUAUACUUUAUCAACCUGGCUGCGGCGGAUCUCAUUUUGGUUGCAGAUUCCCUUAUAGAAGUAUUCAAUCUUAAUGACAAAUACUAUGACAUUGCCAUCAUUUGCACCUUUAUGUCGCUCUUUCUUCAGAUUAACAUGUAUAGUAGUAUUUUCUUUCUCACGUGGAUGAGUUUUGACAGAUACAUUGCUCUGGCCAAAACAAUGAAGUCUAAUAUAUUUCGAACAAAAGAACACGCAAGGAUAAGCUGUGGACUUAUCUGGAUGGCUUCCAUAUCUGCCACUCUGGUACCUUUCACCGUUGUUCAGGUGCAGCAUACGCAAGAAGGCCAUUUCUGCUUUGCAGAUGUGAAAGAAAUUCAAUGGCUGGAAAUAACCUUAGGCUUUCUCAUUCCAUUUGCAAUUAUUGGACUAUGCUAUUCUUUAAUUAUUCGUGUCUUAAUUAGAGCACACAAACACAGGCGUCUCCGACCUCGGCGACAAAAGGCUCUACUAAUGAUUGUCGUCGUAGUCCUGGUCUUCUUCAUAUGUUGGCUCCCCGAAAAUGUCUUUAUUAGCAUUGGUCUGCUACAGGAAUACAACCAUGAGCAACCAAGCAAUCAAUCUUUUAGACACAAUCACCCGUUAGCAGGACAUAUUGUAAACUUAGCGGCAUUCUCCAACAGCUGCCUGAAUCCUAUCAUUUACAGCUUUUUAGGAGAGACUUUUAGAGUUAAGUUUCGUCUCUACAUUAAAGAUAAAAGGAGCAUGGCGGCGUUUAAUAGAUUCUGCCAAGCCUCUAUUAAGUCUGUCAUUCCGGAAAGCAGGGAGCAUUCUGAUGCAAAAACGUACAGUGGCGUUUAA